AUGACGUCAAUAUGGGGAAUGGGGAUGACAUCAUUGUUAAUGGUGUUCUUGUGUUUUUCGAUAGCGAAAUCGGAAGGCGAAAAUGUGGGGGUGGGAGUAAACUGGGGAACAAUGACAAGCCAUGAAUUACCUGCAGAAAAGGUGGUGGAAAUGAUGAAAGAAAAUGGGUUCAAGAAACUGAAGCUGUUUGAAGCAGAGAAGAGAAUAAUGGAAGCACUGAUUGGUUCAGAGAUACAAGUGAUGGUUGCCAUACCCAAUUUCAUGUUGUCUGAUAUGAGUCAAGAUCCAAGUUAUGCUGAUUAUUGGGUUGAUGCCAAUAUUUCUGCUUAUUCUUAUCCUGGUGGUGUUAAUAUCAAGUAUGUUGCAGUUGGAAAUGAGCCUUUUCUGAAAGCAUACAAUGCUACAUAUCUACAAAUCACAUUACCAGCUUUGAAAAAUGUCCAAAAUGCCCUUCAUCGCGCCGGGUUGGGUGACCAGAUCAAAGCUACAGUCCCGUUGAAUGCUGAUAUCUACGAGUCUCCUGAGUCAAACCCUGUUCCGUCUGCUGGUGACUUUCGGCCAGAAAUCAAAGAUGCUACUAUUGAGAUCAUCCGGUUUCUUAAUGCCAAUGAUGCUCCGUUCACGGUUAACAUUUACCCGUUUCUUAGUCUGUAUGGUAACCCUUACUUUCCUAUGGAUUUUGCGUUUUUUGAUGGGUCGAAUUAUAAGCCUGUUAAAGACGGGUAUUAUCUCUAUACCAAUGUGUUUGAUGCAAACUACGAUACGUUGGUUGCUUCUUUAACGAAAGCAGGUUAUCCAGAAAUGAAAAUUAUAGUUGGGGAAAUCGGGUGGCCUACAGAUGGUGACAUAAAUGCUAAUGUGAAAAACGCGAAAAGAUUUAACCAGGGUGUGAUUAAACAUGUUUUGAGCUCGAAAGGUACCCCCAAAAGAAACGGGCCAUUGGAUAUUUACCUUUUUAGCCUUCUAGACGAGAACAAAAAGAGUACAGCUCCGGGCUCAUUUGAAACCCAUUGGGGUAUAUUUGAAUAUGAUGGUAAACCCAAAUAUGAGUUGGACUUAUCGGGCUCCAGAAGAGACAAGGGGUUAAGCCCGGUUUUAGGGGUGGAGUACAAGAGCAGAAGGUGGUGUGUGUUGAACCCACGGGUCAAAGAACUGGACGGGCUGGCUAAGGAGAUUGAUUAUGCAUGUAGUUUAUCUGAUUGUACAUCUUUAGGCUAUGGAUCUACAUGUAACCACUUAAGUCUGUCUGAAAAUGCAUCUUAUGCUUUUAAUAUGUAUUAUCAACUUCAGGAUCAGCACGAAUGGGAUUGUGAUUUUUCAGGGCUAGCGAUAUUGACAAAGGAGGAUCCAUCUGUGGGUGAAUGCCGGUUUCCAGUGAUGAUUGCAUAUGGUACUUCAGUAGUGGUUCAUCGGACCGUUUUAAAGGUUUUGUUUGGUGUUCUUGAAGGUUGCAUUGUGUUCUUGCUUCUUUUUUCUUAGCAUUGAUUGUAUUGACUUUUAGUACAUUUUUAGAUU